UUCACUGACAUAUUGCUAUUUUCGUUCUCGAUCUUGAUAUUUCGAAACAAAACCUUCGUAUUGUCACUUGUUAGUGGAAGACGUAAGAGUUUCUUACGUUGUAAAAAAUUAUUUAAAAAGCGAUAAUACUUUUUCCCUUAGCUGUAAAAAAUGGCCGAUCCUAAAUAUGCCGAUUUACCUGGCAUUGCGUAUGAUCAAGUUGAUGUAUACGAGACAACCGAUUUACCAGAAUCUGAACAAUUUCAAAUUUAUCCCGAGGAUGAAAGUGAUUCCAUAGAAAAAUUACAUAUAAGUGCCACAGAAGCAUUUAAUAAAUUUAAAGGUAAACAUGUUGUCAAUAAGGGAAUUGAUUUCUCUGAUAGUGUAUCACUGAGACCAAAGACAGGCUACAAAUUCGAAGACUGGGAACUUCCUGGGGAGGGGGAAAAGGAAACACCAAUUCAGAAAUUUCAUCGUUUGCAGUGUGAUAUCAAAGACUUGUACGAAGAAAUAAAUGAAUUGAAGGAAAAAGCAGAGGACAAAAAAGAAGAUACAAAAUCUGUUGUUGAUAUAAUUUCUCAAGUACAAGACCUAGGUAAACAGUUAGAUUCCUUAAAAUUGGAGGAAUCUCUUGGUGCUGAUCUUAUUGCAACUCUAUCAGAUCCACAAGGCACAAGAUUAAAAGAACUAAUAUCACAAAUAGAAGCAUUCAAGCAAACCAGUAUCCCUACCUCUGAAUCUGAUUUAGAGGCACAGAGUACAAAAGGUGAUAAAACGAUUGAACUUAAUGUACUCAAGUAUCAGAUGACAUACCUUCCAGAAAAGGCACGAAUGCAAGAAGCAGCAAGAAUUGCAUUGCUCGAACAAAGACUAUGUAAUUUAGAAAGUGUCAUUGGGGCAUCCAACGAUAAACUUGCUAAAUUUUCACAGAAUCUCAAAUGUCAAGGAAUAAUGGAAGCUGUUCAAGAAUUAGGAGCAAAAGCUGCAGUAUUAGAUCCCCAUCAGUUAGACAUUAUCGAAAACCGAUUGGCUUCUUUACUUCAUAAAAUGGAUAGUAUUGCACAAAAAAAGACUGCGCUAAAUUUAGACUCAGAACAAGAACAGAAGAUUUUAGAAAUGUACGAAAUCGUGAAACAAACCGAAUCGAUGUCAGAAAUAUUACCUCAAACCGUAAAUCGAUUGUUGGCGUUAAAUACACUCCACCAACAAGCUGCCGAAUUUAGUAAAUCUCUAAUGCGAUUAGAAGAGUUACAAUCACAAAUUACCACCAAUUUGGAAAGUAAUAACUCUCUUUUAAAAGGAGUACAAGAUAGUUUCGCAUCAAAUUUAGAUAUUAUAAAAAAUAAUAUAGUAUCACUGGAUGAACGUAUUAAAAAACUUAACAAGUGAUAAUUUAUAGUAAUAAUUAAAAUUCUUUAUAGAUCGCGACACUCCAAUGUUUCAAAUAUAUAUUUAUUGACACUCUUUGAAUUAUUGGGAAUUUGGUAUGAAUCAUGUAUUGCAUUUUAAAGGUAUUUUUUACCAUAAUUUCACCGAAUUGUUUUGUUUCUAAAUAUAAUAUUUUCUAUUAUAUAAGUUAAUUAUUCUUGCACGUUAUGCAAGUAAAGAAACUGAACGAUGUACGCAUAAUAAAAAUAAUUUUAAGCACGCAUAAUAAUAAAAGAAAUGCGAUUAAUUCGUUUUGUCAUAAAAGGAUGAUUA